AUGGCAGGCAAUGUCAAUGUCGCCUUGACCAGCGAGGACCUUGCUUACGAUCUGGACGCAAGAAGCGCCUCAUACUUCCGGAACCCAGCAUGGCCUCUACACAUGGACCAACUAGCGGGUGCAAGGCCAGACCAGAGGAGGAAUAUUUCGCCCAUACAGACCAAUAGCCAUGGACUUCGACAGACAACAAUGGCAGAACACCCCAUGAUGGAUACAUGGAGGUUUCAACAGCAACAACAAAAUGUGGACUACUCCAACCACCAGAACCAGUAUGAGCUACAUUAUGACACUCAGUUCCACAGCCUCCCGUUACAUUCUGCGCAACUGGGCAUGCUUCCCGUGUCGCAGCCUACGACGCUACCGCCGACGUUACCCCUCGACCAUUCCUACAUUCCUUUCGAGUCAGGAAUAGAAGGCAUGCCACAGAACUGGGCCGAUUUCCAAACCGAAUUGAUCAACUACACCACCACUGAUGUCGGACUUGCCGUCUCACCGUACCAACAACUGACGAGCUCCCCGACCGGCUCGCAUUUGGAAGUAUUGUCGCAGCCCAGCUCAUGUGAUGAACAUGGCUGGACUAUGCUGGAACCCCGAUCCUCUUUCGAGUCAUUCGAGCGACAUUUUUUUGUUGACCCGAAUCACACGGUCCACAAUCGAACCUUGUCUGAAUCAUCGUACUCAGACUUGGAACCGCAGAACAAUGCCAACUUCAUCUCCAGUCUAGACAUAAAUCCCUCCCAAGCUGUCUACUCACCAACCACGCUAUCCGACAGUGACUACGAAUACUUAGGCCAUGCUCAUCGCCUGUCGAUCGACCAUGGUCCAGCACCAGGUGCCAAUGUAACCCCCGCCGCACUCGUUCGUCCGAUACCCAUCCCUCCCAGCAAAGCCUCGAGUUCCUCCAUCCGAUCACCUAGCUCCCAAGGCUCUGCUGGCUCUCCUGGACGCAAGAAUUCCAAGAAAAGUCCCAUUGCAGCCAAGUCAACGGACAAAGUGACGAAGAAGUCUACACAAUCUGGAAAGGCGGAUGGAGAGAAACGUGUCGGACGAAGGAAGGGUCCUCUCCGACCCGAGCAGAGGAAGCAAGCCAGUGAGAUUCGGAAACUGAGAGCGUGCCUGAGAUGCAAAUUCUUGAAAAAGACAUGUGACAAGGGUGAGCCGUGUGCAGGCUGUCAGCCGUCUCAUGCUCGCCUCUGGCAAGUCCCGUGCACUCGUAUCGACAUCAAGGAGAUUGGAUACUUCUUGAAAGACUGGAAGUUUGAUUAUGAACGCCACAUCUCUCUUGGUUUUUCUGUUGGAAAUAUCAAGGGGUUUUCUGAUACAGAAAAGACACUGUUCAUCACUCAUGGUUAUGGCCAUAUGCUCCCCGUCACCGCCCGCGAGGUCUAUGUGAGAGAUGAAUCAUGCUUGAAGAUGGAUUGGAUUGAGGCCAGCUCUGUCAAAAGGGAAGGCUUCGAGGUUCCUACUGCUAAACUCAGCGCUGGCAUGGAGGGCAUCAGCACCACCAUGCUCAGUGAUUACUUGGACCGUCAUAUCGAUGGCACCGGUACCUUUGAGAAAUUUGUCGACGACUACUUCGAGGGCACACCCUUCUUGUCACAAAUGUUGAAGACAGCUUAUCGAUUCUACUUCAGGACGGGAUCUAAGAUUAUCAAGAAGGCUCUUAAGCUCAUGCUUGCUUACAGCCUGACCCUUCACAUCACCAUGGUCGAAGGCUUGCCGGUAGAGGAGUCAUUCGUCGGCAAGAUUGAAGAGCAAAAUUCAAAGUUCUAUGGCAAAACCAUGGCCCCUGUCAUGAUCAACUUCCAAAUAAAGUGUGCCAUGGCGGAUAUGUGGCGUGAACUCCACAAAGACGUCCUAGAAGAGCUGUCAAGUCUGUACUCUAGUGUAUACAAUGGUGCCAAGCUCAAGAACUGGCCUACGAUAUUCAUCCUCGCCUCGGUCUUGCUGGCUGUGUGGGAGUGCAUGAACUUUGACUGCAACUACCGGGUCCCGGAUCAGGCAUCGGUGGAUCGAUUCUGCAACGACAUGGAGACGACCCCCGUUGGUGUUGUCGUUGGGCUCUUCCAAGCCAUUUCACAGAAGCUGCCAUCGUUGUUGGAAUGGGAUACGACGAAGCAUCACACCCUCCUAGCAUCCGACCCUGAUGUGUGCAGCACCAUGACCGAAGUUCGCGAACAUGUUACGAGAUAUGAAAACUAUCUACGAGGACGACCUAACGCAAAAUUUGACCGUAAAGAUUUUGAUUCGCUUUCGAACAAGUUUUUGGCCAAACUUGUUAUUCGAGCGAACUAA